GUAAACGCUUGUCAGAAACUUCCAACAAAACUCCGCCACAUCAACACCAUCCUCCUCCUCUUGUUUUUAAUCUUUCCUCAACCACUUUCUCACACGCUAAAAUCUUCCCAAAAUUCCACAAGUUAAAGAAAAAACACUAAUGUGAACUAAACACCGUCACCGCCGCAACCACCACAAUGGCUAAACCAUCAUCACCACCGGCAACCGUAAUCCGCACCCUAAUUUACUACCUCUCAGAACACCCUUCCGUCGUUGAAUUCCGUUGGAGUCACACUCACUCAUGGGGCUCCACCUGGUCCUUCCUCUUCACCUCCAUAGCCACCUACCUCAUCCUCUCUCUUUUCCUCCACCUUUUCCUCUCCCUCCUCUUCCCCAAACGCCACCACAUCCCUCUAGGUCCCAUCCCCGCCGUCCACAGCCUCACCAUGUCCCUCAUCUCCGCAACAAUCUUUACCGGAACACUAAUCUCCGCCGUAUCCGAAAUUCGCGACACACGCUGGUUCUGGCACCGUUCCAAAACCCCAUUCCAAUGGCUCCUCUGUUUCCCCUUAGGAACACGUCCCUCCGGCCGUGUCUUCUUCUGGUCCUACGUUUACUACCUCUCCCGUUUCCUCCACAUGUUUCGAACAAUCCUAACCAUCCUAAAACGCCGCAGGUUGUCGUUUUACCAACUCGUAAACCACUCCGUCUCAACCUUUGUCUCCUUCCUCUGGCUCGAAUUCUCGCAAUCCUUUCAAGUUCUCGCGAUUCUCUUCGCAACUCUCGUUUACUCUCUGGUUUACGGGUACAGAUUCUGGACGGCGAUUGGACUUCGAUCCGCUUGUUUUCCGUUCGUAUUGAACUGUCAGAUCGUGUUGCUGGGUUGCAACGUGGCGUGUCAUGUUGGAGUUUUCUUGAUUCACUUCUUUUUUAAAGGUGGGUGUAAUGGAAUUGGUGCUUGGGUUUUCAACUCUGUUCUCAACACUGGUGUUCUUGUUAUCUUCCUCAAUUUUUAUGUGAGGAUCUAUGUUAUCGGCAAAUUUAAGAGGAGAAACGUUGAAGAGGAUGGGUCCUUGGACAGUUGUAAAACGGUUUUAAAUUCGGGUAGGUUGCGCCAGCGACAAGAUACUUAAUAUCGCGUUGAAAUUUCGACAACAUCAGAAGUUAUAAUGAUGAUGUCUAGAUGGUAAAAAAAGUGUACCCUAUAGAGCAAAGUGUACUAUAUGAUGUUAAGAAUAAGAAUAAGAAUAAGAAUAAUAUAGUCAUUACUGGAAA